CUUGCACUAGUUGUUAACGGAAAGAGCAUACAUACUGACUGAUAUAGUUUUAGUAAACUGUUUAAUUUCUUAUUGCUUUGGAUUUUAAUCUUUUCAACCACUUACCGCUUAAAUUCAUCCAAUAAUCUUAGUUGGCAGCAUAUUUAUAUAGAAGUUAAGACAUCAGAGCAUUUCUGAAUGAUAUUUUUCAAUUAUUGAGAUGUUUAUAGAUUAGUUGUUCCUUAUUACGAUUGAUUGCUCAACGUCAUAUUACAAAUACUCUGCAUAGUUUUAUGUGUUGAGAUUAUGAUAGUCAAUUUUCAAUGGAGCAAUCGACUUUUGAAUUAUUGUUUUAUUCGUAAGGAUAACCUUUUUUGACUCACGAUGGUUUAGUGAUGUAUCCAUCUUAUAAAUUAUUGGAACAUGAAAAUAAGUACUUGGAGUAGUGUUUUCAUGUUGCUUUUUUAAAAAACAAACCAGCCAGUUGGUUUGAUACUCGUGCUGUUAUUAUAUCUACAGUUGUGAUAUUGUGGGUAGUGACUGGAAGCAAAAGAGUUAUUAUGGUCUUUAAAAUAAUAAUUCGACACUGAUUGAGUGUUUGCCAUUCACUAUACUGCUGCAACACGAUAAAGAUUAUAUGGAAACAAAGAUGGAUAGCCUUCAUCAACUGGAAUAGAUAAAUGAUUGUAAGAUAUUUAGUCACCGUAUGAGAUCAAAUAUUAUAAUUCUGCUUUGAUUUUACGGAAAUUCAACAUUUAUAUUGACUUUCUGUGUGACUUUUGUAUUUGUAAUGUAUUACAUCAAAUUUGAAUGUAAGAUGAAACGUGUAUGGACAAUAAUCUCUUUCACAACUUUGGUAAUUAAUUCUUAACGUUGAUAGCAAGGUGAAUACUGUUUCUACUGAUAUCAGAUAAUAAGUGACUCGCAUAAUUUUAUUCUACAUACGGCAUAGUGGAUAUAUGAGUUUUUGAACAAAAUAUGUAUGUACAUGUGUUAGCAUUUGCUUGAUUUCAGUCAAAUUACACUGAGAUUUGUGGUACGCUAUGAUCAUUCUUGAUUGUUUCUUUUAAAAUGAAUAACUAUCUAUCUUUACAACUUAAUUGAAUCCACAAACCAUAUUCUUCAUUUGGAACUCCUGAAAUGAAUCAAAAUUUCAAAUUUUAAACAAAAAGUGAUAACAGCUGGAAGAGUACCAAAAAGUUGUUUUGUCACAGAUCGGAUUAUUUUUAACAGUACGUACCCACAGCCUCAUACAAGAUCAAAUCUUUGAUCUUCAGGUUAUUUAGCAAGCAUUACACUUAGUAUUUCGGAGAGUUUUUAUUUAUUUAUAAAUAACUAGUCGAUUCAAUCUUUCAUGUCAGGCGUUCGAUCUCAUUAUUGUUACUGAAAAAAUAUUCAAAAUGAAGAUACGAAAAAUUAUUGUAAUACCACAGUAUAUGAUUUUUCACUUUGAAGAUACUACUUUUGCCAAAUGUUUUUCAAUUCAUAAACUUCUCUAUAUUCAUAUGUAUUAAAUCUCACAAUGGUUUUAUUACGUAACUGAUGUUUUCUUUUCUACAUUCUCUUUCCAUCAAAUAGCUUUCAUCUACAUUUGUGAAAUUCAUUCUAAAGUACAUUUGUAUGGUAUACCGAAUACAUUUUUUACAACAGUGAUGAUGAUGUUAUGCUAUCGUGACCGGUCAAUUCCAAAAGAUUUAAACUUUGUGCAGUUAUUCUAUAAUUCAUUAAAAAAGUUUGCCAAUAUGUACAAUGUUUACAUACAAUUGAUUUUAUCAGAGAUCAAUAUUGAACAAUUGAAAGAAAUGAUGAAAUUAUCUGUAAAAUGUAAACAUUUCAAAUCGAUAUCCAAUAAAUCAAUUAAUCAUCGUUAUGUAAGAUAAGUUCAUUUAUUGUCAAUAAAAUCCAUUUUAUAUUUUAUGAUUAUUUUAGAUUUUUAAUAUAUUACAAAAAUAUAUGGAUUGUUUUAAAGAUGCUUUCUAUUCUAAUCAUAAUUUCAAUAUAUUUUUAAAAUAUUUGAAGCAUUUUAUUAGCAUGCAAUAUGGUUGCGGCAUUCGACUAUCCUCUAUUUAUCACUCAUUUAAAGUGCCUGAUGAUAGAUCUUCAAUAUGGCGACCUUAUUUUUAUUCGCUUGUAUACACUUUAUUAAGUGGUUUAGUUGUCUUUUACUUGAAAAAAUAUUUUCGAUGGUGUGAAUUUAAUACUGUUGUGCCGACAGUAGCUUAUUUCACACAUGAAAGUUGGAAAAAGUUGAGUACUGAUUUUAUCACUGAUUUAAUUAAGAAUAAUAUAAUUCAAAAUAAAAUUAAUAAUAAUUCAAUGUCAUUAAUUUAUUCCAAUGAAACUAUUAAUAAAACUUAUAUAUUAACAUAUAGUAUUGGACGUUUAUCUAUGAAACCUUUUGGAAAAGGUUUUCGUUUAGUUAUUAAUGCUAAUUAUCAUUUAUUAUCAUUAAAGAAUUUAAUUAAUCAAACAGGAUUAAAUUCAAAUAUUCAAUAUUCAAUUCAACCUUGUUUAAGUCUUAAUCAACGUUUAAAAUUAAAUAAUGGUUUGUUUGAAUUUCUUAGAAAAUUAAAAAUUGAAUUACCAGGUAUUUAUGCACCAUCUUUAUUAUCGACAAAAUCUGCAUUUAAAACUUUAUUAUCAUUUCGUUCACUUGUUUAUUCAAUAGGAUUUCGUCGAUUUUGGAUUGCAAAAUUAGAUAUUUUGGAUUUUUUUAAUCAAAUUAUUCAUUCUAAAUUAGUAGAAGUUUUCUCUGAUACAUUAAAUGAAGUCAGCAAUUAUAUGUAUCCAACACCAAAUAUACAUUUCCUUGUUCGUGAAUUGGAAUGGUUUUUAAAAGAAUCCAUCAUUUCUAUUGAUGGAAAAUUAUAUUCGUUCAUCAAAGGUAUUCCCCAAGGAUCGUGUAUUAGUUCAGAUUUGGCUAAUAUCUAUUUAGCUCAUUUGGAUCGUCAAUUACAUAGAACACAAACUAUUCUUUGGUCUCCUCACAAAUUCCUACAAAAUGAUGUGUUUAAAACAACAGAUAUUCAUUUAAAUAAAUGUUCAACUAUUCUACGUUAUUUAGACGAUUAUCUGUGUAUAUCAACAUCUAAAAUUGAAUUACAAAAUUUAAUAAAGAGAAUAAACACUUCGCUUAACUCUUAUGGAUUAUUAUUGAAUGAACAAAAAUUGCAAACUAAUCUAUAUGACUCAAAAUCCAUCUCCAAAUUAGUUACUAGUUAUCACAAGAAUACGAAUUUCAGCGAAGGGAUCUCUUUUCAACGAAUUUAUUAUCAAGCUGUACAAUCGUAUAUAUAUGAAAAUUUUGUUUUGUUAAAAGUACUAAUUCCGUGAGGAAAUAUGAACACAGUUAAUAAAAAAAAGUCUGGAAUCUAAAGGUGAUCGAACAUUAGACGUAAUCAAGAAUCGUCUAACAAAAACUAUUAGAAGAACGUUUAAUGCAGCUAAAUUGCGAAUAACCUUCACGAGUAGGAACUUAUUUCCUGUGUCCAUAAAAGACAAGCUUCCGCGUCUGGUCGCCUCCAUGUGCAUGUACCAGUUCACCUGCCCUUGUGAAGCAAGGUACAUUGGCCGUAGCCAGCGCUCGCUUUCAACUCGGAUACGGGAACAUAUUCCAGCUUGGUUCUAUAAAGGGGAAAGGAAAGCAGUUAGGAGUUCUAUACUUGAACACCUAAUCGACUGUAACCAUUCUACAGAUCCAAAAAAUGAAUUUAAGGUUGUUUAUAUGAUUCGUUCAAAUCUACCCAGAUUUCUUCGCACCCAACUUUUAAAAAUAGCCGAAGCUCUUACCAUCCAGGAGCUUAAACCAGAACUAUGCGUACAAAAGAAGUACGUCUUAUCGUUAUCGUUACCCUGGCCUUAAGCAUUUUGAUUAUCCUACUAUUAUUAUUAUUAUUAUUAUUAUUAUUAUUAUUAUUAUUAUUAUUAUUAUUA